AUUUCACUUGCGACGGGCGUUUCGAGGGCUUAGCUGGUCGUUUGUGCACACGUUAUCGGGUGAAAGGCGGGCGGGGGUGCGAGUGCAGCAAACACACCCCAAAGGACGAAGGACAGCAACGGGAACGAGAGCGGGGUCGUCACCCGUCACUCCUCGAAAUUGAAAUCUCCCUAAGGAUCCCAUAGUUGCGUUCGUAGACGCCUGCGCCCUGAGUGCGGGGCUCCCGGUCUGAAAAUUGUCGUCGAGUUGUGCAUUUUCAAGCGAAACAGCGACUCCUUUUUUGACGAGGGUGGAUUCAAUUCCGGAGUUUUUGUCGGAAGCCGUGAAAAGCGAGUGAAAUGUCGUUUCUUGUGACCGUACUGUAAAGUCUUUGGAGUUUUUGAAGCAGCUUUGGGUUUUCCCUGGAUUACGGUGCCACUCACGUCUGUUCCGGGUGCGGAAGGUAUUAAAGUCGAAAAGUGUGAGACUCCUUGUGGAUUUGGGGACACGGUCGCAUCAAACGAGGCGUACGCGGUGACGGAUUGCCUCCGGGGGCGAUUCUGUGAUUGUGCAAAGUGCGGCACUUGACGACGUCGUCGCGAAUUGAUGUCACGGACGGUUAUGAGUGUGAGUGGAAAAUAUUCGUUCAACUUUUGGACUGACCCCAUCUACUCAGAAUAGUAUUUAACGUCGUGCCAAAUCCAUUAAUCUAAAAACGGUAUUGUAGUUGAUCGAUUCGUUACACAUCGGCAAAAAUGGCGUAUUAGUGACUAAGCACAGCGCCACCUACUGAAGCCAGCAAGAAAAUCUCGCUAAGAAACCUAUUUCCACAAAAAAGAACAUCCUCUUGUUGGAAUGUUGGAACAUCCCCAACGAUUCACACGCAGCAUCCCCGAUUCCUCCUCAGCAGCGGUAAAUCGUUCACAAGCAGACAUUAACAAUUUCUCGUCGUCCUAUGGUCCUACUUGCAACAGUGGCGGCUUAGCAUCUAGUUCAUGGCAGCAAUCACAUCAUCAAGGAGCACCUGGAUCGCCAGCAGCACAUCAUCGUAAUCUAUCGACUUCAUCUAAUUAUAGCACACAGAAAAGUGUGACGUUUAGCAGUAGUACGAAUAAUUCAAACGGAGAUUGCAGUAACGGUUUGAUUGGUUGUGGUGGACAACUAAUGGCGGGAAAUAUGAAGCACGGCAAAUCACAAGAAGAUGUUUGCUAUGUUGUAGCCAAAUACGAUUAUGCAGCACAAGGCGCACAAGAAUUAGAUUUAAGGAAAAAUGAAAGAUAUCUUCUACUCGAUGAUUCCAAACAUUGGUGGCGUGUUCAAAAUAAUCGAAAUCAAUCGGGUUAUGUCCCAAGUAAUUAUGUUAAAAAAGAAAAGCCAUCCCUUUUCGAUAGUAUUAAGAAAAAAGUGAAAAAAGGUUCCGGUUCUAAAACAUUGCCAAAUAUUUCACCGUCUAGGCAAAUUGAAAGUCCAACAAUGUCUAGGAGAUUACCUCCGGAUCCUUCUGAAGCAAUUGGUACGGCAAUUGUAAAAUAUAACUAUCAGGCCCAGCAACCUGAUGAACUCUCACUCACAAAAGGCACUCGGAUUCUAAUUCUUGAAAAGUCAAAUGAUGGCUGGUGGCGUGGACAAAGUGGAAAUGCUGUUGGUUGGUUUCCGAGCAACUAUACGACUGAAGAAUGUGAUAAUGAUGAACAAGUUCAUACAUAUGCUAUGGCCGAAAACGUUUUAGAUAUUGUGGUUGCCCUUUAUAGUUUCGUUUCCAAUAACGACCAAGAACUCUCAUUUGAAAAGGGUGAUCGUCUCGAAAUUCUCGAUAGACCGUCUUCAGAUCCUGAUUGGUAUAAGGCGCGCAAUCAAUCUGGUCAAAUUGGUUUAGUUCCACGCAAUUAUCUUCAAGAAUUAUCUGAAUAUUUAGCACAACCAUAUCGUGGCGGUACCAUACCCGGAAGCGGUAGUGGUAGCGCUGGAGGAGAUUCAAUUGAUCGACGGAACGAUUCUAUGUCGACAUCCAUGCAACAACAGCAACAGCAGUCUGUACCUCUAGAAAGACCUAAUUUGGCGGGUAAAAGCUGGUAUUAUGGAGCCAUAACACGAAAUCAAUGUGAUACUGUACUCAAUCAACACGGUCACGACGGUGACUUUUUGAUACGAGAUAGUGAAACUAAUAUCGGCGACUAUUCCGUUUCGUUGAAGGCGCCUGGUCGAAACAAACAUUUUCGUGUUCACGUUGAAAACGGCAUGUACUGCAUCGGUCAACGUAAAUUUCAUACUUUAGAUCAAUUAGUGGAUCAUUACCAAAGAGCACCAAUCUACACAAAUAAGCAAGGUGAAAAGUUAUACUUAGUACGGUCAUUACCGAAAGCGAACGGCACUUAAGUCAACAAGUGAAUUUUCUUCUUUUCUUUAUACAUAUAUUUCCAAUUUUCUCUCAAAGUGAAACUAAAACUUUAUUUAUAUUAAUAUAAUACAGUAAUAAUUGCAAACACACAAAAAUAAUUUAUAUGAAAUAUAAAUAUCGAGUAAAGUGAAAUCCCUCAUGUGAAACAAGAAAACUAAAUGCAAAUUAAUUGUUAAGCAAUCGUUUUGGAUAUAAAACAUGUGAAUCUUCGUUUUUGAUUUGCGACUUCAUUCUUCCUCCGACCACUCCGCGUUUCCUUUUUUUUAUCUACUCCCUUUGCUGAACUGCGUUCGAGAUGAAGAAGAGAAAACUACGAAAAUCAUGAACUUACUGAAUACUAAGCGAUAUCUGUAAUACGAAAUACUGCAUUAUAACAAAUGCUACGCGCUCAUUUAUUUUCUAAAUGAAAUGGAAACUACUCAUCGUAUAUUUACUAUGAAUAGAUUAAAGAAAUAAACAAAUAGUCAUGAUAUAAUGAUAUCAACGUAAAAUGAUAAUUAAUAACGAAUCUGUAAAUAUAUGAGAAAAUCGCUUACUAUAAUUUCUAGGUGUUUACUUCUGAAGAUAAUUUUCAAAUUUAAAUAAAUUUAUUUAAUAGCGAAAUAGAAGAAAAAAAAAACAAACGAAGAAAUCUAAGAUAAUUAUAAUUUAAUUAAAUGCUUAGUAUGGAAAUUUUUUGUGUAUUUUGUAUGAAUAUUAUAUUUUAAGAUUUUUUAUACAUAUGCGAAAUAUUGAUUGAAUUGAUGAUUGUUGAGAGAGAAAAAGUGUGCGGAGCAUUUUCAUAAAAACUGAGAAGUUCUAAUUAAA